GGCAACACUAAUAGCUGUCAUGGCCGCUUCUAUGGUGAACGUGCAGUUGUUUGUUUACAGUUCGUGCUAAUCUUUCGUAACGCCGUGUUUACGGGCAUAAAUAAACCCUACGUCUGUUGCGUCAGAGCGUUUUCUGAACUACACCGACGCCUCUCGACGCGUGAACGGUGUUUCGUGUACGAAAGUCCUGUAUGAAACGCAGGAUGAUGGGUAGUAUCACAUACGACGCCCCCCCGCCCUGUGUUGGUGUCUCGGUUCUGAAGGUUUAGCAAGUUUCGAAUACUGGUGAUCUCUGGCGCUGAUAAAGGGGCGCUCAGUAUUAGGGAACAUGGCUUCUUUGUUUGAUCAGUACGAAGAAGUGACCUCGCAGUCGGCCGGUUAUCUGGGCUCUGCCAGCCGGACUGCUUUUCCAGAACUGACCACGGGCUACAUCAAUGCCUCGCUCGAAAUGGAGGCGCCGAUCUUCAAGAAGACCAGGAUCACGUUCACGCCUCCGCAUCCAAUCACGCACCUGGUCGUCAGCAAUCAGAUACUGGUGCUCGCCAUGUCCAACAAGUGCCUGCUUCGCAUCACCCUCACAAACCCAAACAGUCCGCACGAGGUCGAUCUGAUCCGAUCGCUCGGUGACAAGGGGAAUGCGGCCAAAAUCUACCAGCUCUUCCUGGACCCCCUGGGCCGACACCUCUUGGUCAGCGUGGUUCACUCGGAUGGCGAGACCUUCUUCGACAACUGCUACCUCCACCAGAAUGCACCAAAGGCCCAAUCACUUGCAAAACUCAAGGGACACGUUAUCAGCGCUGUCGGGUGGAAUUACGAGAACCCUCCCGAAAGUAAUUCAACGAGCUUCAUUCUUGUCGGCACAACCAAAGGCAUCAUUUUCGAGACUGAGCUUGCCGCCACCGACGACCGAUUCUUCUUGCAGGGCUCGCCAGAGCGAUACUGCAAGCAGGUGUUCCAGCUGAGUCAAGACUUGAGCAGCGGACCCAUAAUGGGACUCGAGGUGCGGCGCUUCAUCCCACGCAGCGGGGAUCAGCGGUGCUUCAUCAUCGCCACGACUCCGAGACGGAUCUACCAGUUUGUGGGCACCAGCGCUCCUUCCGGCGAACAACCGGUGCUGCUCAGGGUGUUCAACGUCACCGACAACGUCCUGGACCGCUGCAAGGAAAUCCCGAGCGACCUGAAGUACAGUUGCCUGCAGCUGUUCAGCUCGGGCUUGGCGGAACCGGCCAAAAAGUUUGCUCUGAUGCUGGAGCCUGGUGUGUACUUUGGCGACAUCCUGCUGCCGGCCAUCGACUCGGACUCCAAGGUCGUCCUCUUCAACCCCAAGCUCUUGGAAUACGGUGAUGAAGAUGCUCAACGGAAGGUGUUGAGAAAGCCCCUGUCCAUGGUGCUGACAGAGUUCCACACGCUCGUUCUGUUCAACGACAGGUUGAGAGCCUACUGUCUGCUGAAUGAAGAACUGGUAUUCGAAGACGUUUUUCCUGAGAUGUACGGCCGUGCGGUCGGCUUGGCCAGGGAUCCGGUUCAAGGCAAGAUUUGGGCUUUCUCCGAGCUGGCAGUUUAUCGUUACACGGUCAGUAACGAAGACAGGAACGUCUGGGAAGUGUAUCUGAAGAACUGCCAGUACGACCUUGCCAAGAAGCACUGCAAGGGAGACCCCCAGAAGCUGGACCAGGUUCUCACAAAACACGCUGAAGAUCUCUUCGCGAAGAAGGAGUACGUAAAGAGUGCGGAGCUGUACGCACAGACGCGUGCCUCGUUCGAGGAGGUGUCGCUCAAGUUCCUCCAGUGCGCGGAAGAGGACAACGAGGACUCGCUGCGCCGCUUCCUGCUGCAGAAGCUCAAAGGGCUGCGGCCCGCGGACAAGACGCAGACGACGGUGAUCACCUUCUGGCUCGUCGAGCUGUUCCUCAACAGGCUUGGCACGCUCCGCACGGCGGGCCGGCAGAACGAGGGCACCUACCUCAACCUCGUCGCGGAGUUCCGCGGACUCCUGGAAGAGCCCAAAGUGGCGGAAUGCGUAAGCAACAAUCGAAGUGCCGUUUACAAGCUCAUCGCCAAGCAUGGUGAAGAGAAUAUCCUCAUUGACUUCGCCAACAUCAUGAAAGACUUCGAACGUGUGAUCCAGUAUCACAUCCAGAACAAGAACUACCUGGCUGCCCUUGAAGUUCUCACAAGACAGAACAAUCCGGAGCUGGUGUACCAGUUCUCGCCGACGCUGAUGCAGAGCAUCCCGCAGAGAACAGUGGACAUGUGGAUCGCACAGGAGAAGCGGCUCGACCCAGCGCGACUCAUUCCUGCCUUGGUUCAGUACGACAACAUCAAGGAUCGAUCGCAGGGUUGCGAGGCGAUCCGCUACCUCGAGUUCUGCGUCUACAAGCUGGGCAGCCGUGACGAGGCCAUCCACAACUACCUGCUAGCCCUGUACGCUCGACUGGAUGAGAACAACCUCAUGUGCUACCUCCACCGCGAGGGACAGGACAAGACCACUGUGCCCUACGAUCUGAAGUACGCCCUGCGUGUCUGCUCCGAGCUGCGCCUGACGAGAGCCUGCGUCCACAUCUAUUCCACCAUGGAGCUCUACGAGGAAGCCGUGGACCUGGCACUCGAGGUGGACAUCGACCUUGCCAAGCUGAAUGCGGACAAGCCGGAGAACAACGAGGAGCUGCGCAAGAAACUCUGGCUCAAGAUUGCCCAGCACGUGGUGACGGAGCAGAAGGACAUCAAGCGCGCCAUGGAGUUCCUGCAGGAGUGCGACCUCAUCAAGAUCGAGGACAUCCUGCCCUUCUUCGACGAGUUUGUGCGCAUCGACCACUUCAAGGAAGCCAUCUGCACCUCACUCGAGGAGUACAACAACCACAUCGAGGGACUCAAGGCCGAGAUGGAGGAGGCCACCCGAAGCGCCAAGGAGAUACGCGCCGAGAUACAGGUGUUCCGCAACAGGUACGCCGUGGCUCAGUCGGACGCAAAGUGUGCUCUGUGCGAGUACGCCGUAAUGAACCAGGCGUUCUACUUGUUCCCGUGUGGGCACAUGUUCCAUGGCGACUGCCUUUCAUCGGAGGUUCAGCAGCACUCUCUCCCAACGAAGGCAAGCCGCAUCGAGGACAUCCACAGGCAGCUGGCGAUGCUCAGCGGUCGCGACGACAGCGCCUCCUUGUCCUCCGCGGCGGGCUUGCCAUCGUUGACAACGCGGGAGAAGCUCAUGAACGAACUGGACGACCUGAUUGCAUCUGAGUGUUUGUUCUGCGGAGAAAUCGCGAUAAGGUCUGUUGACGAGCCUUUUAUCGAUCCUGAGGCGUACGAGCAAGUGAUGAACGACUGGCGGUGACGGCUGUACAUUCUCGGUACACUUCGACAGAACCAAGGGACAACGUGUAGUUUAUUUCGCUGUAUAUACAUUAAGGUAUACUCUGUGUGACGAUUUGUAAGCUGAUUAUAUAAUAAAGUGUGUAUAUUCCAUUU